UCCUCUUGACGCGCGUGUGUUUCCCCGCGAACACGGGCUGCUCGUGCUGCGUGUUCAUGGCGUAGGGAGCUGAACUUAGCAACAGCUAAAUUUGUAACUUGUCACGGUGGAGGUUCUUCAUGGCGAAGCAAAGCUCACUUCUCAAUUUCUUCUCAAAGUCUCCGCCGCCGGUGUCCAAACCGAAGCCCAGUGCACACCCGGUAGAGGCCGAUUUGCCGUCCUCCAUCGACAAGUCCAAUUCGUCUCCUAAAGAAGAAGCUAAACUACCCCCGAGCAAGGCCACCAAAGUCAAAUCAAAAAGUGUCGUUAAGAAUGCGAAAGGAGGAUUCAACAAACUAUUCGGCGACAAGGCGUCAACACCAAAAGACGCGAGCUUCACAUGCUCAUUCAGUGCUGGCUCUCUUGUUUGGACAAAGUUGGAGGGGCAUCCAUGGUGGCCAUGCAUGGUGGUACCUCAACCGCUGACUGGACAGCAGAUGCGAGGCCGCGGUCGAGCCCAACGUUUACAUGUCCAUUUUUUUGAUGAACCACCCACACGGGGAUGGGUCAGCACCAAAUACGUCCGAGAGUACCGAGGCUCGGACAAUAGUGACGCUAAAACCGGAGGGUUGUUUUUCAGUGGGAAGCCUGAAAUCCACCAUGCAAUGGAACUUGCGGACAAAGUCUUGUUCGAUAGCCCAGAAAAACGAUUAAAAAUGCCUCACUGCACAGAUCCAUCGGAUGACGAAGAAGAAGAAGAAAUGGAGCUCGAUAAACCGACAAUGAUUGAUGAUGAGGUCAGCGAUGAGGAUCAAGAGAAGAAUGAGGAAGUAAAAUCAUCCAGGGUCGGUCCACGUCCAUCCCGGUCGAAGGGAAAUAAAGCCAAGCGACGCCGCAUCGUCGUGGCCUCAGAUAGUGAGGGAUCUGAUGAUGAAUUUAAACCUGAGCAAGCCUCGAGCAGCAGCGAGGAUGAAGAGGAAGAGGCUACGGUGAGCAGCGAGGUCGAAGAAGCAGAGAGCACACAAGAGUCUGAAGCGGAAAGCCCAGUUAAGCCUGUAAAACGUAAACGGUCCGUGGACAAGCCUGCAUCAGCAAAGCCAAAGAUAAUCAGCACCCCUUCCAGUGCACCGAAAAGACCUCUAGCAUCUCUAUCUGUCAACACAAAAUCUCGUUUGUCCGCCUUUUCAGCCCCUGACAGCUUUGAAAGCCAGGCUACUGGGUCAGGUACUGGUGGAGGAUCCACAAUUUGGGACCACGAGAAGCUGGAGUGGUUGCAGGAUCACAAGAGGAAAGAUGGCCAAAGGCGCAAAGUGACGGAUGACGGGUAUGAUCCGACCACCCUGUAUGUGCCGGAAGACUUCAACAACCGAAACACUCCUGGUAUACGUCAGUGGUGGAUGAUCAAAUCCCAGAUGUUCGACACUGUUAUUUUCUAUAAGGUUGGGAAGUUCUACGAACUCUACCACAUGGAUGCCGUGAUCGGAGUCAAUGAGCUUGGAUUGACUUUUAUGAAAGGGACCUGGGCACACUCUGGCUUUCCAGAAAUUGGGUUCGCGCGCUUCUCAGACGUACUGGUCCAGAAGGGCUACAAGGUGGCACGUGUGGAGCAGACCGAAACCCCAGAAAUGAUGGAAGCACGGUGUAAGACUCUGCUCAAACCCACCAAGUUUGACCGUGUUGUGAAAAGAGAAGUGUGCAGGAUCAUAACGCGAGGCACCCAAACCUACAGCGUGUUAGACGGUACCCCGACUGAGAGUCAGAGCAAGUUUUUGCUCAGUUUAAAGGAGAAACCCGAAGAUGAAGGAAAGGGGGGUUGCUGCCGCACUUACGGAGUCUGCUUUGUCGAUACCUCUGUUGGCUGCUUCCAUGUUGGUCAGUUUCCAGACGACCGACACUGUUCACGUCUACGCACCCUGAUAGCACACUUUGCGCCCGCUGAAGUGCUUUUCGAAAAGGGGAACCCAUCCGUCGAAACGCGCAAAAUACUUAAGGCUUCUCUCUCCUCGGCGCUGCAGGAGGGACUGAAUGCAAGCACUCAAUUCUGGGAUGCUCAGAACACUCUGAAAAAUCUUUCAGAGGAAGACUACUUUCGAGAGAGUGCGGGCAAGGACCAGGGGACAGGGAGAGGUUUUCUCCCAGCUGUUCUUAAAAAAAUGACCUCCGAGAGUGAUUCGCUCGGUCUUACCCCCAAGGAUGGCUACGAGCUGGCACUCUCCUCAUUGGGUGGAUGCAUCUUCUACUUGAAAAAGUGUCUCGUGGACCAGGAGCUCCUCUCCAUGGCCAAUUUUGAAGAAUACACCCCUGUCGACGUUGAAAUGGACAAAGCUGACGGACGGAAAAGUUUCUUUGCUCAGACUCGCCAGCGCAUGGUCUUGGAUGGAGUGACUCUGGCAAACCUUGAGAUCUUUCAGAACGGUUCUGGAGGUACGGAAGGAACGCUGCUCGAGCGUCUGGACACCUGCUCCAGCCCCUUUGGAAAACGGCUGCUCAAGCAGUGGCUCUGUGCUCCUCUGUGUAACCCAACAUCCAUCAGGGAUAGACUGGAUGCGCUGGAAGACCUGAUGGCUGCUCAAGCGCAAGUGUCCGAAGUUUCUGACCUGCUGAAGAAACUCCCAGAUUUGGAGCGCCUCCUGAGUAAAAUUCACAGCAUUGGCACACCACUGAAGGGUCAGAACCACCCGGACAGCAGGGCGGUCCUCUAUGAGGACGUCACCUACAGCAAGAGGAAAAUAGCAGACUUUCUGUCUGCGCUCGAAGGUUUCCAAACGAUGCAGGAGAUUGUCAAUGUCUUUGCAUCAGUUACUGGCGACUUUCAGUCCAAAUUACUUUGCCAAGUGGUCAGUCUUCAAAGUGACAGUGGCGGUCUCUUUCCUGACCUCUCGGCUGAACUCAAGCGCUGGGAGACGGCUUUCGACCACCAGAAAGCUCGUAACACCGGUGUCAUUACUCCGAAGAAGGGCUUCGACCCAGAAUAUGACCAGGCCCUGGUCGGCAUCCAAAAUUGCAAUCAAAAGCUACAGGAUUAUCUAGACCGACAGAAAAAGAGACUCGGUUGCAAGAACAUGGCGUACUGGGGCACCGGGCGAAAUCGCUUCCAAAUGGAGGUGCCCGACAGCGUCUCUGAGAGGAAUAUUCCAGAGGAAUAUGAGGUGAAGUCCACAAAGAAAGGCUGCAAACGUUACGUGACGACGGAGUCUGAUCAGCUGUUUUCCGAGUUACAAGGAUUUGAGGAGAAGAGAGAUGCUGCCCUGAAAGAUUGCAUGAGGAGGCUCUUCUACAACUUUGACAAGAACUACAGCAACUGGAAAACUGCGGUGGAGUGCAUGGCUGUGCUUGAUGUUCUGCUGGCCUUAUCACGCUACAGCCAGGGCGGAGGUGGACCAAUGACUAGGCCGCAGGUUGUUCUCCCAGAUGGCGAUGAGCAAGUAGCACCCUUCCUCAAGCUCGCCGGUUCUCGUCACCCCUGUGUCACCAAGACGUUUUUUGGCGAUGACUUCAUCCCUAAUGACAUCUACAUCGGCUGCCCCAGUGGCAGUGAGGACGGCGAAGAGCAAAAAAGUCAUGCCUCCUGUGUCCUCGUCACAGGGCCCAAUAUGGGCGGAAAGUCCACACUCAUGAGACAGUGCGGACUUGUGAUUGUGCUCGCUCAGCUGGGUUGCUUCGUACCGGCUGAGAGUCUGCACUUCACGCCAGUCGAUCGAAUCUUCACUCGGCUCGGCGCUUCGGAUCGUAUCAUGGCCGGAGAAAGCACCUUCUUUGUUGAGUUGAGCGAGACUGCGUGUAUUCUGCACCAUGCCACCAAAGACUCACUUGUGCUUCUGGAUGAAUUGGGAAGGGGCACGGCCACAUAUGACGGCACAGCCAUCGCCUGUGCUGUUGUGAAGGAACUUGCUGAAAAUAUCUGCUGUCGCACACUCUUCUCUACACACUACCACUCCCUGGUGGAAGACUACGCCAACAAUCCAGCGGUGCGCCUCGGCCACAUGGCAUGCAUGGUGGAAAACGAGUGCGAGGAUCCAAGCCAAGAAACCAUCACAUUCCUCUACAAGUUCAUUUCUGGGGCGUGUCCCAAGAGCUAUGGCUUCAACGCUGCUCGACUUGCCAGCCUGCCAGAAAUGGUCAUCCAGUCGGGGCACAGAAAGGCCAGAGAGUUUGAGAAGAGCACCAUGAGCCGCAGACUCUUCAAGAAGCUCUGCCAGUUUGCUGAAGACACCACGCAGGAUAAGACCCAUUUCAAUGCACUUGUUCAGAUGAUCCAAGCCAUGUAAUUUGGAAACCUGUGUUAGGCAUAGUUAUGUCACACUACAAUCCCGCACUCAAUGUGCACGGUUAUGCUUUGAUCACAUUUGCAUCUGCAGUCAUGUCACUUUUCUGACACUGUAUUAUUUUGAGACAUAGCGCUCACACAUAUCAAACACACCACUUGACCCAGGUGCAGUGUGAAGGGCCUAGUUCUAGUGCAUACUUUGUUUUGUACUGCAGGAGAAAAUACUACUUACUGUGAUCUAAUAAAGUUUAUUAAAAAAAACAAAAAGACAAUGUUCACCUAGGAAAUUAAACCCUUUUAAUUCAA